GGGUUGGGCAAUAUAUGGGGCACAUCUGGAAGGAACUUGCUGAAAGCCAAAGUCCUUUCGGGGAGCCUCUCUAAUCGUGCUGUAUGGAGCACCCCGCCUCCCAAAGAAACGCCGCUGACACGACACUCAUGCCAAUGGACACUUCGCUGCGGAUUUCGGGGCAUCUGGACUAACUGGAAAAAUACAUAUUUUCCAUCAAUUAUUGCAUUACAAAAUAGAUGGUGCCUGAGGAAAGAUGGUCCAGCUGAGGAAGUUAAACCGGGUGCUCCUGAUGUUGCUGAUUUUGAUGAUGUAUAUAAUCCUGUACAGCAAGGUUCACAAAGUCCAGCUCCCAAACGGCAAUACAGGAGAGUCGGGCGGAGUCAAGAUGGAGCCGGGAGUCACACACAAGGCAGCAGGUAGAGAGAAGCCGGAGGAGGCAGAGAUGUUGGAGAAGGUGGAGACUGUAGCACAGGUGGAGGAGGUGGACGGUAACGCCAUCCUGGUGGUCAUCUGCGCUGCCAAGGAGAGGAUGGGUGGUGCCAUGACAACCAUCAACAGUGUGCGCAGCAACACCGAGGCCAACGUGAUCUUCUACAUUGUCACCCUGCGCGACGCCGUCUCCUACACCCGACAGUAUAUUGAGAACUCCGAUCUGAAGAACAUCAAGUUUAAAAUCCUGGAGUUUAACCCAAUGGUUCUGAAAGGGAAGGUGAAAUCGGACUCCACCCGCCCCGACCUGAAGCACCCGCUCAACUUUGUCCGCUUCUACCUGCCGCUGCUUGUCAUCGGACACAAGAAAGUGAUCUACUUAGAUGAUGAUGUCAUUGUGCAAGGGGACAUACAGGACCUGUACAACACUAAACUGGACCCAGGACAUGCUGCUGCCUUCCCCACCGACUGCGACCUGCCGUCUGACGUGGUCCGUAGCAUGGGCAUGCAGACGACGUACAUGGGUUUCCUGGACUACAGGAAGAUGCAGGUGCGGGAUCUGGGGAUCAACCCGAGCGAGUGCUCCUUUAACCCCGGCGUGAUCGUGGUUGACGUGGAGGAGUGGAGGAGGCAGAAGAUCACCAAACAGCUGGAGGGCUGGAUGCAGAGCAACGUCAGGGACAACCUGUACACCAGCUCGAUGGCAGGAGGCGUGGCCACUCCCCCUAUGCUGAUCGCCUUCUACCAGAAGUACUCCGACAUCGACGCCAACUGGCACAUCGGACACCUGGGCUGGAGCCCUGACACUUGGUACUCCGAGGCUUUCCUGCAUACAGCUAACCUACUGCACUGGAACGGCCGGUUCAAACCCUGGGACUUCCCCUGUGUGCACAUGGAGCUGUGGGAGAAGUGGUAUGUCCCGGACCCCACGGGCAGAUUUGUAUUGGUACGACCCGAGAGCUGAGACAGAGGAGCAACAGCACAGCCGACGAACCACAGCAAGCUGGUGCUCUGGACAAGGGGUGGGGAGGGAGGCAGAGAGGUGGGGGAAGAGAAAGAAGACAGAGAAACAAUGAAGACUGUGAAAGAGUGAAAGAGAAUGUGUGAGAAUGAACAAAAGUGUGACCGCAAGUGUAAACCAAAGAAAGACGAAAUAACUAAGAGUGUGAAAGGGUGAAUAACUGAGAGUGCGAGAGAGGUAAUGACAAAGAGAAACGCAGAGCAUGGCGUCUCUACAUUUCCCUGGCCGGUCCUGCACAGCUGCAUGUGUGAAAUUCACAAGGAACAGUGUUCUGCAAAACACCACAUGGAGAAGAACCCAAGGGUUUGGAUCUUCACAGUACUGAACGGUUUACCCUGACUGCUGCACUCCCCGUCGCCUGCAGGGGGUGCUGCUCCCAUUCUGAACCACUUGGCAUGCUGGAAAACUCAGAACACUCUUUGUCAGGUAAUAUAAAUGAAAUCCACUAUGGACGGCACUCCGUGGGAGAACUGUUCGUUUUCAACCAUUUUAAGGACAUCCUGGCAUUAUUU